UGCUCCAGUUCUUAUUUAUUCCUAUUUCAAAAAACGUAAACAGUGUGUUCUGAUAAAUAAUUCAUAUACCUCUUGUUAAGAGGAUAUAUCUAGUGUACCCUGUGUACUAGACUCACUGCAAGUAUGGUACCCAAGGUAUGUCUAGUGUGCCCCAAGGCUCUGUGCUAGGACCAAACCUGUUCACCUUUUACAUAAAUGAUCUAUUUCUAUUCCUAAAACAAGUAACGCUCUAUAAUUAUGUAGAUGAUAAUACAAUUGCUUAUUUUUCUAAACGCAUGUCCGAUUUUGAGAAUGCUUUGCAAAAAGAAACUGGCGUUGCCGUAUCAUGGUUGAAACAAAAUGAAAUGAUUGCAAACCCUGAACAAUUCCAUGCUAUAAAAAAAGCUAAAAUGUCUAUUAAACGACAAACGUGCUGUUUUCGACCAGUGCGAUCUUAUUUAACGUGCAGAGAAACGGAACCAGAGAGAUGCAAACUGUUUGUGCAAUGUAACGUGAUUUCUACUGACUGAUUAUCAUCACAGAAUGAAGCCCUGUACUAUAAUACGUGGUCAGCGGUCUUCCACCAUUAUGUGUUUCCACCAUCUUCAGGUCUCUCUGUUUGCUGUUAUCUCUUGCAGGACUUUUAACAUUUUUUCAGCAGGAUUUGACUCAAUGUUUAGUUGUAUGUUGGCCAGUGAUUAGUCUUUUUCUAUCAAUUUUUUGUCUUUCUUUUCGACUUUCUUUUUUGUCUUUUUCAGGCUUUCAUCAUUUUUUAGGCGCAUAAGGUGGCCCAGCCAAUUUAAUCGUCUCCUCCUGAUUGUUUUACUCAAUGGCUCUGAUUUUGUUUUCUGGUUGGUUUCUCAUUUCUGAUUUUUUUGGCCAUCUGAUAUUGAUUACCUGUUCUAAUAGUCGCUUUUUGAUGUAUUUCACAAAUUCCUGUAAGUUACCAAGCGUUUGUAGCCAAAUGCAAAUAUUGUCAUCGAUUAAUAUGUUCCUUGCUAUAUAAAUAGAACAAUUUUUUGCGGUAGAGAAUUUGAAAAUGGCUUUGAAAAAAGCAAACAUUUUACGACAUACUAAAAGCUUUUUCGUCUGACACUCCUCAGAGCAUAAAACGUCAGAAUAAGGUUCCGAAAGAACACGAUGUAAAAUAUAUACCCAGUUGUGGAUCGAAAUAGGCCAAUCAGAAAAACGCAAGCACAAGACCGGCAUUGUUGACCAAUCAGUGCCGCGAGCCUAAAGAAAAAUUACAAAUGGAGUCCAAGAGAGAAAACGAACUCCUUUUGUCUACACAAUGGCGGCUUUUUCGUUUUUAUGUAGAUUGACUCCAAAACUGUUAGAUGGAAGGACGACCGGGCUCUGCCAAUUAUCUGAAAUAUAAAUAGAAAAUGGCAUAUAGAAACAUUUCUCGAAAGUGUCUGCAAACUAUAUUUUACAUUGUGUUAGAAGGAAGAACCGCAGGAUACGCUGUCCGCCAGAUUCUGUAAAUCUUGCGAUGAAUUUAAGUACAAAAAUAUUUAAAUAUAUACAUCUUUAUAUUUUACAGCCUGUCAACCUAUCUUUACCAAGUUUGAUACUUCUACCACAUUUUACAUGACUUUUUCGCUAACAGCUCAGACUAUUUCUUUUGGAUCAGUCACCGUUUUAAAAGCUCUUUUCUUUUGUAGGGGGACGUGAAUUAUCUGCCGACAAACUUUCACAUUUUGUGAACAAGUAUAGUUUGCAAAUACGUGUUGAUUUUCUAUCAAAGUCAUGAAAAGUACUAAAAUAUAUUUUGUCAGGCUGACUGUUUAUCACAGAAGUAGUUGCAAAUAAGUGUUGCUUCUCUUCAUUAAAGAAGUAUCGCGGGGGAAGUCAAAUGCCGCCUUGCAAUAUUUUGUCAGAAACCUUUGCAUUUUGUCAGAUGAUAUUCAAAUUUCCUUCCUUUUUUUGUCUCAAGAUAUUCCGUUUACAAAUCCUCUGACAACAAACUUCAAUUCAGCUUUUCAUUUUACCAACUUUUAUGUCAGAUAAUCGCGUACGCGUAAUUAUGAUAAGCAUUACCUUUUCUAAAAUGAUAAACCACCCCUUCAUUAGACACCUCCUUAUGGCAGAAUUUGCUAGACCAUUACUUGCUAAACAUGUUUUCUGUUCUUUGUGCAAAUAUGCUGGUAGAAUUAUUGUAUUUUCAGUUUUAGUAAUAGCAAGCAAAGCACAUAAAAAUCGUUAUGGUCUUAGCAGAGAUUCCAUAAAUCAUAUGAAUUUUAGAAUUAUUUUAUAGUUGAAUUUCGUUGACUAUAUUCAGAAAUAAAAUUUUGAUGCAAAUUAUUGCUAAUUCACUCUGCUUGGCAACCAAGCCAAAUAACGCAACAAAUUUUCCAGUCAGGUGCAAUUAAUCAAGCCAAUCAUCUUUCAUCAAAAUAACAAUCAAGACCAACGCAAUCAAGAGUCCUAUUAAAGACUACUGGUGAUAAGAUAGCAUCUGCAAUGUGGUCACCAGUUUUCAAAAUCUUUACGUCUAUGCAUUCAAUAGAGGCAUUUCGAUCUCUGUAAAUCAAAUACCUGGGGUUAGCUGUGCAAAGAGGACUUGUCAACAUGAUUUCAAGGUGUAUCUUCUUCGUGCUUACCUUCUUCGUGCUUACUUUCUUUCUUUCAUAUUCCAUCCAAAUGCGUACAGACAGUUUCUAUAUAAGACAUUAUUCUGGAAAAUGCCUUGCUUUGAAAAAGGCCACUGGGACGUUGGUAUUCCAGUCGGUUUGUAGAGACAAAUUUCAAUGGCAAGAUGGAGCCAGAAUCAUCCACAUACCAACAAAGAAAUGCAUUUGCCCUGCAUCGGCAGCUAGUGGAAGUAAGAUUGGCUUAUCUGAUGAAUGCAAUGAAAUUGGCAGUCUUUUGAGGUAUGACAAAAGCUCUUUUGCUUUGAAACAUCCUCGAACUGGCUUCUGUUUCCACGGUGUCAAUGGCAAGUCAAGUACAAAUGAAGACGAAGAACUGACUUAUAGCACUAAAUGCAAUCAGGACAUAAACCGUUACUAUUUUCAAAAGAAUGUCAGAUUUGUGAUUCGUCAUUACACUACCAGUUUUUGUUUGGUCCACGACAAAGCUGAUAAUUUCCUAAAGCUCCAAAACACAUUCGUUUGUGACCGCUUUGAAUUCGUUAACACGAAAAACUUAAGACACGUGGCGACAGGAAAAUGUGUGGAGAGGAAGGUUGGUUCCAUUUACUUGAUUCUGUCAAAAAACUGCUCUUCCGACCAAACAAAGUAUGAACUAAAGCAGAAUCUUCUCAUUGCCAACCCAGCAAGUGGCAAGUGUGUUCAUGCUGACGGUGGGAGAAUCGUACCUGGCUUUAAAGUAUCUCUUUAUGAAUGUUGGACUGAUGACCUAUACAAGUGGAACUUUUACGAUGAUCGAGACAUCGUGAAGGUGAAAGUGAUUUCCGAAGACUGUACUGAUCUUAGUGGUUACUGUCCAAGAACGAGGGGGCAGAUCUUUGUGAAUGGUUACCAGUACAGCCAACAAUUUAGAGGAAUAAAUGUUGCUGUAUUUGAUUACCGAAGUAGCAUUCUAGAAAGGUCAGAAGGUUACGAUAUUUGGGGAGAUCCUCUUAAAAUAGAUGCCUUAGCAACCAUGCUAAACAGUUUGGCUCCUGAUAAGUUAUUAAUUUUUUGUGCCAGAGACUCCAUAAAAAUGACUACAAGCUUAGCGAAUGAGCUACAGAAAGUUGGUGUUCCUGCAUCUGUUACUGAAAUUGUUAAAGAUGACAUAACAUCAGAGAAAAUUUCGCUAGCAGCUAUCUUUUAUACUGGAGAUACACGAAUGGAAUGGGAAUACUCGACAAGCAGCAGGGGAGGAGGGGCUUCUAUCAUAGAAACUACUUUGUACCCUUUUCGAGACUACAAAGGCUUUACCGGUUGCAGCGAAGAAAUUGGCCUCAGAAUAGGAUACAUACCAGAUAAGGGAAUUUCAGCCCAAUCUGUUUUCGAUAAUAAUCUCUCAAAAUUUGGUACGCAACAUGCGAGACUGCACAGUGCUGAAUCCUGGUGCGCAGGCCGAUCUUCAUCAGUGUCUGUAUACUUGCAAGUCGACAUAGGUAUGCUGAAAUUCAUUUCUGGGGUUGCGAUUCAAACAUCGCAAUUAAGCCGUGAAAGCCUUCAUCCAGUCAAACGAUUCUAUAUUAUUUACAGCAAAGAUGGAGUCAAGUGGACUGAAUUUUCGGAAGAUGGAACUAAUCGAAAAGUCUUUUUAGGUAAUAUCAACCUCAAGAGCCAUGUAAAAGUAAACUGGUUUCUAAGAACACAGAUGCGUUUCAUUAGAAUUGUGCCAUUAGAAAGGCAAACUGACGAAGGCACUCAUUGCAUAAGAAUGGAGUUAUUUGGAUGCGACUCGGGCGAAGUUGUCUUCGAAGAAACUUUUUCUGCCUCAAGCGGAAAAGAAAUUGGGCAGCGUGUUUCAGGCAAGUUUUCAUUUCAAGCAGGUGCCCCAUUAACGCGUCAAGUAUACGUUCACGUGUCUACAUCUGAAAAUAAAACAAGUCUUGCGAAACACAUAGAGCAGUAUCAUUUUCAGGACAUAAACCAGACAGUAAGGGCAAGCAAGAACAAUUCACUAUCGGCAAACGCAGUGAAUAUAACGUAUGUGACAGCUAACAGACUGGGAAUGAAAAGCGCAGCAAGAAUACAUUUCAACUUGCCAAAUCUUACAGAUCAUUACAUUUAUGACAUUUGGAUUCGAUGUUGGGUAGUUGACUCGAAGUUGAAUUCCAGCACUGUUUGGAAUACAUACUCGUACGAAACAAGUGAUAGAGUUUUGGUUGUAGCGCUACCAUUCGCAAUCAAACGUAGAACCCAGGAUUACUCUUUAAUCGCUCUGAAUAUCAGUACAGCUCCACAAAAUGCAAUAGCCACUGGUGAUCGCAUUGUACUCAACAUUUCGUUGACACCUUGGAUGAACGCAGCUGAGAUAGGACACUCGAAUGCAUACGAAUUGGAUCUGUUGGUCUACUUCGAAGAAACUUUUCUUAAUCUCCGCUCUAUUGAAUUUCUUCGAUUGGAUGACGGCAGCCUUCUUCCUUCCCGAAAUACCACCUCUUUUGGCUUUAUUCGAAUAGAAACCGACACCUUUGGACCCAUAAGCAAGCAGAAUUUUCAGCUCACCUUUGACGUAAGCAUUCCUUCUUCGAUUAACAAGGACAGCAAAUGUAAUACGAAUAUCAUCUGGGAGUUCAAGUAUCAAACAAAUUUGUUGAAAUACAAUGGAGAAUUGAAAAAGGUUUUACAAAAUCUCCUCCCAUUCAAGUGUCAAAUACCAAACAAGGCAAGAGCUGUGACGUCAACGAUCCGUCUUUCCCUACCUGCUUUUAGCAUAGUCUAUGAUGAUGUGAAUAACGACGUCAUCAUUUGCAAAAAAGAUCUUUCUUUAGCAACAUAUUAUCAGGCAAGCUGUUUCUGGCAAGGAAGCAACAACCUCACAUGGCAAGCUAUACCAAUGAUGUAUUCCGUUGUGGGCGUUGACACAAGUAAGCGACACCUCUAUGGCAUUGACAAUGCAGGUGAAGCAUAUGUUCGUUCUAGCUAUGAUUUCAAAAGUGUCAAGUUUGUUCAGGACGACGAGUGGACAGCCAUCCAAGGUCAUGACUCUAUCAGAAAGGCCAAAAGCACAGACAACCUAGCAGCAUUACCAAUCAGUCCUACAGAUAACUGGAUACUGCCUUCUCGUGAUAAUCAAGUUCUUGCAGUAACAGCUGGAGGGGUAAAAAGAAUGUUCAGCAGUGGCUGGAAAGAAACUGUUACGUUUUGAAAGAUGGGUUUUGUUUGUACUGUUUCUCCUUCAUGCAGAAAAUGGAAGACAAGGAUAUUUAUUCCGCUAUUUGGAGAUUUUCUCAAAUACUUAAAAGUUUUAUGCUUAAACUUAAACAAAAAACUUAAACUAAAAAACGGUGGGGGCUGUGGGGGGUGCGUAAGGUUUUGGAAAGGAGCUUUGGGGGCUGAUAAAAUUUGACAAAGUCUUCUUGUGUAAGACUGCAGUGUUCGAGUAAAACAUUCUUAGUAUUGAAACAUUUAAACAUUUUGAAAGCAAUACGCACCAUAUUUUGAAUAAGGCACAGCGAUGCGUUAUUCAAAGAUUUGGCGAAAUCAACCCAACUGACAACAAGAAUGCACUGCUGCCAUAGUCGGGUGUUAGUUUAGAAUAUAAAGAUUGAAAUGGCGCUUGCAUUUUGGAAUGAUAAAAGAUAGCACCAUACAAAAAUUAUAUUGUUUUUGUGCAAUUGAUUGUCAAGGCGAUCAUCUGCUUUUUGUUAUGAUGAAUCAAUUUAACUGAAUAACAAUUCUUUUGUACAAUAAUAAUUACAGAGCAUCAUCGUUACAUUAUCUUUACUUUUCAGAGUAAGUCAAGCCUUGGUCUAUUUUCCCUGUUGCCGUAGUCGAGACUCGUAAGAGAAUACUUCAUGGGGCUCACCCUCAAAGAGAUCUACUACAGAAUAAUGAAACAUACAGCAUAGCGGAAUAUAAUCGAACAUAGUUCAACAAGCAAUUGUCCAGCCACGGGAGUGUAACCCUACAUCCCUAUUCUUGUAUAGCCUGUUGUAACCAUUUUUAGGGUUCAACAAUAAUCAAUUCGUACAGUGUGUUGAAGCAUAUAUGUGCAGUGUAAAACUAUACCAACCACUUGUGAGAUCUAAUGCGAAAACGGAAACAACUGAAAAUUAUUUAAAAGAGGAUCAUCAUGUCAAAAGCACAAAAACAUUGUUAAUAUUUACUAACAAUAACUUUCUAAAAUAAUACAUUUAUAAGUUACGCUUUACCAGUUUGUUUUUUUCCUAUCUUUAUUUUGAAAAGAAUGCUGAAACCAUGACUGCCUAUCAGCCUUAGGACAAUCCAAUUUUCGGCACUUUUUUAGCAAUGAAAUGAUGUAUAGCUGGUUUCGGCUACCAAAACUCCUUCUAAAACAUUUUCCAGGAUGUGCGGAGUGUCUACAUUUCUUUGGGAAAUAUUAAAGAUGUUUUUACAAUUACAUUAAGAAAUUCUCGAUGACCUGUUAGACUGUCGUGUCUCAGAUCAAAUGUUGAGGCAGUAUAUUAUAUACGUACAUACAUAUCCUUUGAUCAGUCUUCUUUUGGAGAGAACGUUUUACAUGCCAAGUACGACUAUUGCUGACUCUAUUCCCCUUACUGCCCAUUUCUGAAAACAAGACCUGAGAUCUUUGGAUUAUAACCUUGGAUUAUUUAAAUUUGUUUGACUUUUAAACAUUCUCAAUUUAAUAAAUGCAACAGUAAAGUCACGAUCAUUCUCAAAGAUGCAAAGAUGGUACACAAAGGGAUCAAAUUCAUUUUAAAUCGGCAUGAUCCUGUUUGAAAAUCUAUUUGUCGCAGAAUGCCUGAAAUUUCUGCAUCAGAUUGAAUUACAGAAGGAUAAGAAUCUCGUUGACAAAAUUUUCAAUUUGCCUGAAGCACGUUUUCAUCAAGCAUUUUAAGGCCACACCCAAAUCUAGCGGAUAUUUUUCGAAUAUGUGCAAUAAUAAAGAAUACUUUGAGGCAAUCGACAGAUACUUGAGUGGCUUAAGCCAUUUGUCAUUCAAUAUUAGCCAAUCAAUUGGCAUGUAAGUGCCAUGAUCACUGAUUGGUCAAUGGAUGAUUGGCAGAUGACUUAGGCCACUUUAGCCACUUGUCAAAUCCCAGUUAUUUAGCCCGUUCUACGGUUAGAAACUAGGUGCAAAAUUUGCAAUACACAAGUGUCAAUGUAAUGUUGAGCUGAGAACUCAAGAGGCAAACAUAAAAAAAUCAAGUUGACAGCGGUUCUAAUGGGUUCCACCUUUAUCUCCUUAGAGUUUUUCACUAUCUCAUUAUUUGGCUCUUGCAUAAAGAAUCUGUCUGUUUUCAUUGAAAUGAUUUAGCAACGUCAUUACCAAAGGCAAGACCGACAAAUAAGUAGUCAGCAGAAUUAUUAGGCAAGUUUAUCGACAGCAGAAAAGAGAACAUCUCGUUAUGUUUUUGUUAUUGAUGUUUAACAAGAACCUCCACACAGUAAUGUUAAUUUGGAAAUGCCCAUUCGAGGUAUGAGUAGGAAUGCAACAUUUCACAUUUGCAAUCUGGCUCAUAGCGAACAAGGUGUUCUUCUCGUACCAAUUAGGUGUCGCCCAUUCAAGCUUUGCUCACAACACCACAUCAAAUCCAGCUUGCUAGGUGUGAGCUAAAGCUGAUCCUAUAGUGUGAGCUAGGCUCGACAAAACCUAAAGUGAAGGUGAAAUGGAAACACUCAAUUUUAUGUGCGAAACUAGGCUAAAAAUGGCAGCCUAUUUUGUACUAUUAGUCCUAAUGAAAAUGCUGAGAUAUGUAAUUUAUCGUCAUCUGUCAAUUCUAUGAUGUUUUUAUAUCUAAUGGAUCAAUUUAUUCUACCAGGCAACCCAAAAUCACCCAUUUAUCUAUCAGUAUUUGAGAAAGCAAACAUUUUGAGACAUUCUGAAGCUUUGCGUCUGGCACUUUUCAGUGUACAAAACGUCAGAACACAGAUCGAAAACUCUACGCUAUGAAAUAUCUAUACCCAGUUGUGGAUGAAGAUGGCAAAUCAGAAACGCGAGCACAUGACUGUAGAGGUUGCCCAAUCAGUGCGCUUGCUUAUUGAAUUGAAGAUGUUCCCAAUCCUCAAGGACGUCACUUGACGGAGUGGGCAUAGGGGUGUUCACCUCCAAAAAAGACCACAGAAAAAAGGCCUUAUCACUGGGCAGGUCCGAUUUUGGCAAAUCUGUUUUCUAGAAAUGUAUAUGAUUUGUUUUUUUCUUAUAUAUCUGUAGCGAGAAGGUAUUAUUUGCCAGUGACACAAAAUAGAAGUAACAAGCGUUAGUUUGAACUUAAGGGAAUAGAUUUCUGGUGAAGAGUAAAAGUGCUAACUGCCACAGAAAAAUCUGAGAAAGAGAAAAUAGGUCCAAUCAAGAGUGAACCAGUGAAAAUAUUCACAAAUUUUUUCCAAAUGUAAAUGAGACAGUUAUAGCAAAUAAAUAUGAGAAAGAAGGUGUCGAGGAAUGCAUAUCAAAAGUAACUUGAACAUUAUCAGUGCUGAAUCUUAUGGGUAAUCAAUUCAUAGAAAAGCUUAAAGUGCUGAACCCCAAAAUAAUUUUCUCAUUCUUUUCAGUACCAAAAAUUAAAAACAAAAUUUGCCGCUCACAGUGUAACGUUUUAACAUUAGUAAACUUCAGUAAUUGCCCGCAACUCGCGCGCGAUAGCGCGCGAGUGAAGGGCUUAUAGUCUGCCCCGCGUAUAAGUAGUAUAUGGAAGCUUCAGUUCAUAAUGUCAGCACUUUGUCAGCAGAUUUUGUCACUUCUCUGCUGCCAUGACAACUGUCAAUCAAUUUCAUUGUCAAUCAAUCGGCUUUGUCGAGGAGGUCGUUAACCGCCACCUCUUUGUGCGGAAGGGAAGUAUCUUCGUAGCGUUGCUCUGCCAAGACUCUGUUAAAGGCCUUCGGUUUUUUUGGCACGAAAACGGUGCUGCAUCACAGCUCGGUUCUCCGCAAUGGAUGGAAGUUUUGAUUCGAAGUUUUGGGAAUCAAAACAAGUCGAAUGCCACACCUUUCUCCCAAAAACUCGACACCGUACGAGCAAAAGUUAUGAUUGUCGUGAUUAUCGCCUGUACAUCGCUGUACGAAUCCUUUAUCGCAAUCUAUUUUAGCUGUACCCGUUCUAUCACGUGUCCAUUUUCAUACGUCAUUGCUUCACGAAAACGAAAAAUAAAUGUCAAACCCUAGAAAAACUUCAUGAUUUUCAAAAGGGCGUUGGACUUAAAUCAAAGGCAAACUGAACACCAAAAAUUCUUGAUAAAAAGAAUAGUUUAGCAUCAACUAGAGCAGCUGUUUUUAUAAAAUUGUGAAAACCCAAGAUGGUGUCUUCUUCGAAUAUCCUGACCUAAAUUUUCAAAACAAUCAUCAUCAAGGAACUAAUUGUUUGCGGGCAGUACUAGCAAGAGCUAUUUCUAGUUAUUAUUAUUAUGUUCAGCUAGAUCUUUGAUUAUGUUGCGUGUUAAUGUCACAUGUUUGUUUGUCGUGCUGUUGUGUUAGUAACUCCCUUUCCGGGAAAUGUGCGUCACUGUCAUCGUGUUGUGUGAUGUUUCACAGUGUUCCUUUGUUGUGCUUUAAUAUAAUGUAAUCCUACUUAGAAUAGUUUAGUCUUACUGUUUUGACAAUAGAGAUAACAUCAGAAUAGAGUCUCUCUCGUGUUCUACUUAUUCGGGGCUUAGGCCCAUUGGCCUAGCCCCAUCGUAUCUUCACCAUCCUAAGAAGAACCCUAUCAUUACAUUUGGUGACAGAGUCGGAUGGUGGUGAAGUAGAGAAGUAGAGUCGGAUGGCGGUGACGAAAAGAAUCAAUUGAAACUUUUUUUGUUAUUUGGUGUUCCUUUUUAUAUUUUGCGAGGAGGAGGAUGGUCGACAUGGAAAUUAGGAAUUGAUUUAUUCGUGUACUGCUGAUUAUUAUUUUUUAUCUUGAAAAAUAUUGCCAACCAACCAACAUACCUUUCCUAUAAUAUGGAGUAGAAGACGAUGAAGUUCUGGUGAUUUAGGAGGACGUUAUUUUCCGAAUACAGUUUAGGGGUGCUAGCCAUAGAGGGCUGCAGCAGAAGGACGGCAGGAUCCUUCGGAUUUGACUUUUAUUUCUGUGGAUGUCAUUAUGGAUUUGGAAAUAUCAAGCGAUGUUGUAUGAAUUACCUUUGCUUGCCAGUUCAUGCCUACGGGCCUCAAUGACUCUAUGGACCUUUUAUGUUAAGUCACUUUUAAAUUUUUAAGAAAAUUUCAUCGGCGUAUUUACUUUAAAGAGAGGGGAUGGUGUAACGUUUUAACAUUAGUAAACUUCAGUAAUUAUUAUUAUUAUGUUCAGCUAGAUCUUUGAUUAUGUUGCGUGUUAAUGUCACAUGUUUGUUUGUCGUGCUGUUGUGUUAGUAACUCCCUUUCCGGGAAAUGUGCGUCACUGUCAUCGUGUUGUGUGAUGUUUCACAGUGUUCCUUUGUUGUGCUUUAAUAUAAUGUAAUCCUACUUAGAAAAGUUUAGUCUUACUGUUUUAACGAUAAGCAUAACAUCAAAGAACGAGUAUCUCUUGUGUGCUAUCUACUUGGGGCUAGGCCCGUUGGCCAUCGCUCAGCCAACGACCUGAUACUUACCGUCAUAAGAAGAACCCUUAAUCGUUACAACAGUCUCUUUUCAUUUCAUAUGUAGCAAAAUAUUGAUAAAGUGGUUGACAACAUUGAAACUAUUCGGAUUGCUAUAUGAAAAUAAUCAAAAAAAAUUUCAAAUUUUUUUAUCCGCAGACAUCGUGAAGGUGAAAGUGAUUUCCGAAGACUGUACUGAUCUUAGUUAUGACUGUCCUAGAACGAGGGGGCAGAUCUUUGUGAAUGGUUACCAGUACAGCCAACAAUUUAGAGGAAUGAAUGUUGCUGUAUUUGAUUACCGAAGUAUCAUUCAAGAAAGGUCAGAAGGUUACGAUAUUUGGGGAGAUCCUCUUAAAAUAGAUGCCUUAGCAACCAUGCUAAACAGUUUGGCUCCUGAUAAGUUAUUAAUUUUUUGUGCCAGGGAUGCCAUAAAAAUGACUACAAGCUUAGCGAAUGAGCUACAGAAAGUUGGUGUUCCUGCAUCUGUUACUGAAUUUGUUAAUGAUGACAUAACAUCAGAGAGAAUUUCGCUAGCAGCUAUCUUUUAUACUGGAGAUACACGAAUGGAAUGGGAAUACUCGACAAGCAGCUUGGGAGGAGGGGCUUCUAUCAUAGAAACUACUUUGUACCCUUUUCGAGACUACAAAGGCUUUACCGGUUGCAGCGAAGAAAUUGGCCUCAGAAUAGGAUACAUACCAGAUAAGGGAAUUUCAGCCCAAUCUGUUUUUGAUAAUAAUCUCUCAAAAUUUGGUACGCAACAUGCGAGACUGCACAGUGCUGAAUCCUGGUGCGCAGGCCGAUCUUCAUCAGUGUGUGUAUAGACAGGGAAUUUUUCCCAACAAACUGGCAGAGAGGGUAACCGGAGGUUUUUCACUUGUUUCCACUUUCUUGGACUAAUACCUUGAAAUUUUGAACGGUGUCCAAAUAAUUUCUACCUAGAUGUCACGUGAUCGAUGACGUAAAGUUUAACGCUCAGGACAAAAUGAAAAUCGUCAAAUUUGAAAACGAACAACAUCAAUCGAAAGAGCAUAAAAACUGAACAAAAAACGCUUAGAAACGUAUAUCCUAAAAUCAAUCAGGUAAAAACUAUCACGUGUCAAAGUAUUGAUUACGUCACCAUAUGCGCAAAUCACAAGUGCGGGAAAUUGGAAAUUUCCGCCAUUUUGGGCCUCUUUUAUUGAUACUAUUGUGUAAUAUCCAUGUUGACAAGAUACGAGGCGUAAGUGGUUAUGAUGUUACAGUGAAUAUAUAAAGGGUUAAGGCAUUGAGAAGCCCCUAAUGGUUAAGUUAAUCAAUUACUUGACUUUCGUCUAGUUUAGCACGUUUAUAUUUUCCAAAGAUUUCAAGAGUGAUAUCUCCUUCAUGUGCAGGUGUAGAUGAGCUACGCCAAAUUUCUUCAUAUUACCCUCUCCGCCAGUUUGUUAGGAAAAAUUCCCUGUCUAUAAGUUUUUGUAUUGAUUUGAAAUUCUUUUAGUUUUUCCAAGCGAUUUUUUUAUAUUUUGCGAAAAAAAAAUUUCCGGAGGUUCGACACCACCGCAAAAUAUAAAUCACAACCCCACAAAUCAAAUUUACAACACCACAAAUCAAAUUUACAACACUACAAAGCGGUAACAAAACCACGUUAGAAUAGCCCCUGUCAUUAAGCAACACCAAGGAUGCCCUUUCAUUGCUCAAAGAUUAAUGACGGCAGUCAAAAAUGAUAAGAGGGUUAUUGAACAUUAAAGGGCCUCUCCAGCCAAAUUUUUUUAUUGACUAGAAAGUUAGCAUCUGGUGCAUGUAUUAUGGCAAAGUCGUAGUUUUUGCGAAAUUCCAAUCAGUUUAGAAGUUAUAAGCCUUUAAAGUUGCACCUUUCCGAGAAAAAAACGACAAAAGCCGAAUCAGUUUGGUGACAUUCUGACGGUGCCAUGAAUUUCGUAUAUCUUCCACCAAAUCGUGAAGAAGUCAUGGUCACGCGCUGAUAACUGCAUCUUAAUCUACAGCAGGAGCUUUUUAGGAUCGAAAAGUAUCAAAUGUUUACAAUCAUUCUAAGUCGUCUGCAAGACGAAUUGAGCAGUUUAUAAUGCAACCAAACGCUACGGCCUUUCCAUCAAUGCCAAGAAAACGAAAUGCAUGGUCAUCUCCAAACCUGACCCUGAGCCAGCUUGCAAAUUUAAGCAGGGAACGACAAAGAUCAAACAAAUAUCCUCGUUUGACUAUCUCGGUGCUCUAUUUACCUCCGAUGUCCGAAGCAAGAAAGAAAUCCGGCGGCGCAUCGGCAAAGCUAAGACCGCAUUUGACAGCCAGUGGUCAGUCCUCACAGAUCGCAAACUUUCUGUGUCAAUAAGAACUCGUCUUUUCAAAUGCUACGUAUGGUCGACACUCAUGCACGGCUGUGAAUCGUGGACUAAAUUAUAGAUGCAUAUUGAAGAUUUCCCAUCUAGAUAGAGUAACCAACGACGAGGUAUUUGCUCGAAUCCAUCAAGACAGGCAGCUUCUACCUCAGACAGAAAAGAAACAGAUCAGUUUCCUUGGUCACAUUAUUCGUAAACAGACACUUAAAGAUCUCACGCUCACCGCCAGGAUCGAAGAAGAAAGAGCAAGAGUGGCCAAAGGAAGACAUUUCUGAACAAUUUCCCGGAGGCAACAUCACAGGAGAUUUGGGACACAGCCCGACCUCGAACAGCACCCGACGUUUGAUUCGUCAAGGCCCGCAUCGAACACGAGACUCUAGUGUCUAGUAGAAGAAGAUACAACCAUGAAAUUAGAUAAAACUACAGAGUUUGAAAUGCUGAAUAAGUUGAGAUGUAGACCUCACUUCAAAAAGCUAUUUUUAGACUGGGGUACCUGUACCCAAUCCUCUUUUGCGUCUUCCUCAAUAUCUUUGAACUAUGCAAGUAAUAAGCCUAAAACUUUGUUUUCUGGCGUAACUUUCCAUGCUAAAUUUAAUAAAUCAGCUUUUUGAAUCAAAUAGCCAAUCUAAUACCGCACAUGAAUAAUACGCCGUUUGAACAAGACCUUAGCCAAAGAACAUACGGCCCACGCCACAAAUUUCAAUGUGGAGAGUUAAAAUUAAUGAGUCGAGCUUGAGUUUAAUGGUCCAAAAUCUUUUAUAUUUUAAGGACAAAUAGAAAAAUAAGGAUGUCGGAGGUGUAUAUGAGGACAAAAAGGAAAUUAAAGAGGAUCCGGGAAGUUUCUUGCAGCUGCACCCUCCAGGUUGGCUUUAAACAGCAAUACAGCAUAUUUUGCACAACUUAACUUCCAGCAUUUUGCAGCACUUUUCCCUGUUUCGAUUCUCUUUUUAUUUUGCAAGCACUUUUCACUUUGAUUGUCUUUUCAAAGUUGAACAUACUAAAUGACAAAAAAAGAGAAAAUCAUUUUGUUUGGUUUCUCAGAGUGAAAUUUUGUUUACAAUAUACGUACCUUGAAUACUUGCAGUCUUCUUGCUCUUCCCUUGUUCUACGUAAGUCCUCUCCAUUGCUUCACAUCACAGAGCAAAUCGCUUAGUGAACUCUAAUUUUUGGACUUUUAAAAUUAUUACAUUUAGCAAUAGCUUGUGCUUAGGCAAAAACAUGACCAGCUUCAAGCAAAAGCGAAGUAAAAAGACAUCAGGGCAGGUUAAAAUCUUAUGUAUUGCAUUGAAACAGAGGUGUUACAGUAUAAUAUGUCGCCAAAAAGGAAAUACCGUCAAGAGAAAAUAUAACAAGAUGGCAAUAAUAUGUUUCCUGAAGGCUGCGGUGACAAUAAUGAAUUCAUAAUUUUGAUGGUUUUGAAGUACUCGCGUGAAUAUUUAUUCAUUUUUCCAUACCUCUGAUAAGAAAAGUAACAAGGACAACGUUGAUGAACCUUCCCUGUACACCCAGUGAUUCAUUUGCCUUGUUGAUUCCAGCUGAUCAUCUAGUUGAUUACAUAUAACGGCUUCGUACAUCUGGCUGGGUGUGGGCAGCAUAGUUAAGGGGCGGUAAUUUCCUCUCUCUACUCUUUAACCUGCUUUGUAUGCUGUCUUCAGUAUACCAAUGUUCCAUGUUGAUAGGAACUUUAUCUCAAGGUAUCCUUUGUCUGCAUAUAUUUGCCAGACAUACACCCAUAUCAUCAGCAAGCACCAGCCAUGUAGCUGCAGGGGGCAUGGGAGAUUUUGACAACAACUUGCCCCCUUGGGCUAUAUUUUUUCAAAUUCAAAUGAUAUUUUGAAAAGCUGGCAUAGUUAUAAUGUCAUGAGCUUGAAUUAUAUCUGUUUUUUAUUUAUAUAUCUGAUAUCUAGUUUUAAAUCCUGUCCCCUCUCAGGUAUGGUUCUUGCUUGAGUUUGCCUACCCUAGUCGACACCUACAGCUACAUGGUUGGCAAGCGCCCCUAGCUCGUUAGCUGUAACGCCAUCAUGUCCUGCAGCUUUUUUAGGGUUGAGCACUUUAAGCUUUUCUGUGUAUUGAUUACCCAUGAGAUUCAGCUCUGAUAAUAUUACUUUUGAGUUACUUUUGAUAUGUAUUUCUCGACAUCAUCUUUCUCAAAUUUAUUUGCUAAUUGUUCUCUUACAUUUGGAAAAAAUAUGUGAAUAUUUUCACUGGUUCAGCUAUUUUCUCUUUCUUAGAUUUUUCUGUGGCAGUUAGCACUUUUACUCUUCACCAGAAAUCUAUUCCCUUAAGUUCAAACUAACGCUUGUAACUUUUAUUUUGUUUCACUGGCAUAUACCUUCUCGCUACAGAUAUAUAAGAAAAACAACAAAUCAUAUACAUUGCUAGAAAACAGAU